CUUAUAUAUCUGUUUUCACCAUUACCUCUUUACAACUCUUUCAAAGAUUAAAAAGGCAUUAUCGAGAGGUUUUGUCUGAUACGGAGGAUAUUAUGGCGAACUUUGAGCCCAACGCCAUUAUUCGCGGCGCUCAGCUGACGGUUGUGGGAACCGUCAGGGCACUUCGAAAUGCUGAACUCUUCAAAUAUGAACACUUCCGGCAAGCAGCUCUUGCAAUUGCCGUGGGUGUGAUUAUUCAUGUCAUCAUUCAGAUUCCGAUUAUCGGCCUAAAAUUCAUUAUCUGGAUUGCAUCCAUCUUUGUCGAUAUGCAGGAAGUGACUUGGGAUGAUACAGUUUUGAACGGUAUCAAUUACCUGAACAAAUCUGUCCUCCAGGUUCCCUUCUUGCUCAUGACCCUUAUGCGAUAUGUCACUCCGACGUUGGAUGAGAUAUUCAUGGAAUCCAUAAGAUGGGUUGACCAAACCUACGUCCAGAAGCACAAGGCCGAAGACCCUAGUACUCUUCGCGCCAUGUACUAUCCAAAUCUGGCCCAAUACUCCAAAGGAGGCUCUGCAAGCUCCAAACCAAUUGGAAAGUCCGUCAUGCUGUUUGUUCAGAGAUACGGCCGCAAGGUUGCUAUGCUUUUUGGUAUAUACCUCCUCUCGCUUCUCCCAGUCGUCGGCCGAUUCGUCAUGCCCGCUGCUAGUUUCUACACGUUCAAGCAGAAUGUGGGGACUACCCCUGCGGCUGUUAUCUUUGGUACGGGACUCGUGCUUCCGAAGAGAUUCAUCGUUACUUUUUUGCAUACCUACUUUGCCUCUCGCAGCUUGAUGCGCGAACUUCUUGAACCCUACUUCUGCCGUGUUCCCUUUAAUCCUGAACAAAAGCGCCGCUGGUUCAAGGAUCGUCAAGGUGUACUCUUCGGUUUUGCCUUUGCCUUCACCGUCGUCAUUAAGACCCCCUUCAUCGGCGUGCUCAUGUACGGUGUCGCAGAGGCAUCUACCGCGUAUCUCAUUACGAAGAUCACAGACCCACCUCCGACUCCUGACGAGGGCCCAGAAUUUGCUGAGACGCAAGUGCGGUGGAAGAACAAGCAUGACUUCCUGCAUUUGCCAUUGGAGAACAUUGAUAAGCUCAAUUUGCCGCGCGAUCAUAAGGUAGGGGACAUUGGGUCUCCUGGCACACCGGGAAAGAAGUUCUCUUGAGGUUCUGGCUUAGAGUGCCGAAUAGCGUUUACAUGCAUGAAAGGAACUUGAGUCUGGUAUUUUCAGGGUGAGGACGAACCGAGCCAACGUGGUUUAUUUGCAUGUUUUCGGUUUUGCAUGAACAUUCAAACAAUUACAUUUCAGUUGUAUUCACGGUAAAGAGAAAGGCGCUAAAAGUAUAAAUGUACAAAACUGUCAACAAACGACAUAUUCGAACAUCGUGUCUCAAAUAAUAUCAUCCCGUGGCUCGUAACAUCUGUUUUGG